GAUCGGCUUGCUCGGCGCCCGCCCGCCCGCCCGCCGGGCCCAUCGUGCACUCCGGGUUCGAUUCGGCAGGCGGCGGCCGCGGCGGCUGAGGCGGCAGCGCUGUGGCGGCGGCUGAGACGGCAGGGGAAGGCGGCGGCGGCGGCGGCUCGGCCCGGAGUCCCGCUCCCGCGCCAUUUCGGACCCGGAGCGAGCGCGGCGCGGGCCUGAAGGCGGCGGCGGGAGCCUGAGGCGCGGCGGCUCCGCGGCGCGGAGAGAGAGGCCUGCUGAAAAUGACUGAGUAUAAACUUGUGGUAGUUGGAGCUGGUGGCGUAGGCAAGAGUGCCUUGACGAUACAGCUAAUUCAGAAUCACUUUGUGGAUGAAUAUGACCCUACGAUAGAGGAUUCCUACAGGAAACAAGUAGUAAUUGAUGGAGAAACCUGUCUCUUGGAUAUUCUCGACACAGCAGGUCAAGAGGAGUACAGUGCGAUGAGGGACCAGUACAUGAGGACUGGGGAGGGCUUUCUUUGUGUGUUUGCCAUAAAUAAUACUAAGUCAUUUGAAGAUAUUCACCAUUAUAGAGAACAAAUUAAAAGAGUAAAGGACUCUGAAGAUGUGCCUAUGGUCCUGGUAGGGAAUAAGUGUGAUUUGCCUUCUAGAACAGUAGACACGAAACAGGCUCAGGAGUUAGCAAGAAGUUAUGGGAUUCCGUUCAUUGAGACCUCAGCAAAGACAAGACAGGGUGUUGACGAUGCCUUCUAUACAUUAGUCCGAGAAAUUCGAAAACAUAAAGAAAAGAUGAGCAAAGAUGGGAAAAAGAAGAAGAAGAAGUCAAGGACAAGGUGUAUAGUUAUGUGAAUAGUUUAUACUCUUUGUUAAGGCACACUUAAGUAAAAGUGUGAUUUUUGUACAUUACACUAAAUUAUUAGCAUUUGUUUUAGCAUUACCUAAUCCUUUUUUUCUGUUCGUGCAAACUGUCAGCUUUUAUCUUCAAUGCUUAUUUGAAAAGGACAGUGGAAACCUUCUUUUCUCUAAGUGCCAGUAUUCCCCGGGUUUUGGACUUAAACUAGCAAUGCCUGUGGAAGAGACUAAAGACUCGAGACUCUGUCUUGGGAUUUUGGUGCAUGCAGUUGAUUCCUUGCUAGUUCUCUUACCAACUGUGAACAUUGGUGUGAACCAGAAUCAUGAAGCUUUUGAACCAUCCCUGCUCUGUGCUCCAUCUAGUCAUCAAAUGGAUUCAUUAGUAAUUACAGCUUCACUUGAGACCUUGUGGUUGGUUCUCCUGAGACUAAGGGAUCACAGGUUUAUGGCUUCCCUUUGAUUCACUCCAGCAUGUCCUAGAGUUUGUCAUCCCUCAUAAGUGUAGGUAGACUGUUCACCAAGGCUUUCUCUAGCUUUCCACUGCUAUUAAUCUUGGUCACUCCCCCAAAUAGUAUAUUUUUUCUAGAAAAGGGGAAAAAUGAAAAAAAAAAAAGGCAAUGGAAAACAUUGAAAUAAAUUUAAUUUCCAUGUUAGCUAAAUUACUGUAAGAGUCCUAUAAUAGCUUUUCCUGGUAAGGCAGACCCAGUAUGAAAUAGUAUUAACCAUUUGGGCUAUAUUUACAUGCUACUAAAUUUUUGUAAUAAUUCAAACAACUUUAGCAUUAUAUAAAAUGUUCUCAUAAGAAUUAAGUACAAUUCCCCUUUGUUAGAUUGUUCUUAUCCUAACUUUCAAGUCUUUUUUGAAUUUAUGUUGUUGAAAGUAAUUUUAAUGGUUGUGAAGCUGAAGAUGAUUUGAGACAGUUAUAGCUUAGCAGGUGUUGAGGAGACCAGAGUUGCAGGGUGGGGCCUUAUGUGAACCUGUGAUGAACGCUACUGGGUUUUGUAGCAUUGCUGCAUUCAAUGUUGGCCGUGCAUUGUUUGGUCAACAUGGGGGAUAAGGAGAGUUUGAUGGCUUAGUAUAAUGCAUUCUCACCAUGUAACAGUCCUACUGACAAAUCAAGAAAUUUCUUUUGUUUAUAAUAAUAAUAAAAAACAAUUAAAAUAAAUUUCGAUGUUUGUUUCAAGGUUGGAAUUUUGGGGUAGGAGGCUACAACAAGAGUAAUUCUUUAAAACAAUGAAGUAAGAAAGUUCGAAAAUACAGGUUUGACUAGUC